UUUCUUUUCAUGCUCAAUAUUUGGAGGAGCAUUUUUUAUAUUUCCUUUACACAUCAUGCAGAACAUUUAACAUAUCUUUCACUUUGGUGCCUGUCUGUUGGUGUAACACCUCAGAAUUAUAGAUAGAGGUAAGACAAGUUUUUCUUGGUGUACCCUCACUUGAAUAAAUCCUUAAGGCCUUCGCUCUGCUGAUUGAGUUUUAAAGACAGUUUCUGGGGGAAAAAAUAGCAGCGGCUCUUAAGUAGCUCCCAAGAUGUUAACAGCACAAUUAAACAAAGCUCUGCUAAUCUUUACAGCUGGCAUCAAGAGGCAGCGUGUUCUCUCAGAGCAGUGUUCUACGUAACAUGGCGUUGGGGGUCUGAAAGAGGAGGUAAUAUGCUUGAUGAGCAGCCAUAGUGAUGCCUGUACUUCUUAGAGAACAACAAAGCAAUCCUACUAUAUAUCCUAAAGAGAGAGGAGGAAAAAUGGGAAUUAAUUAGCAUUAUUCAAUUAUACAUGCUCCAUUUAUUUGCAGCAGCAUUUAAAAAAAUGUAAAGUGACCCCCGAUUUUCUGGUAAUGAAUUUGAUUAUGCCGGCGCAUAUAAUUUCAUGGUAUCUGAGGACGUGAGAUGUUUUAGCUAAUAUACUUUCCUGUCUGAGAUGCUGUAAAGUCAUGCAGCAUGAUGCAUCCUAAAUGUGCUUCUUUGUUUAAAGAGUUGUUUACAGGGAUUUAUUUUUCUCUCUCUCUGUAAUUUGGAAGAGAUCCAAGCUGAACUUUGUUGCAUUUUCAAAACAAGAAUUCAUAUGUCAGACAUUCAAAACUUCAGCAGUGAAGUUUUUCCAAUGAUUUGUCUAACUUUCACAUUAUAUUUCAAGAAAGCUGAUGGAUUAAAUUAAACAACCUGCUGAUGUGGCCUUUUACUGAAAAAAACUUGAGAUGAGAUAUUUUUAAAGAGGGUUAGAGUGAUGCUAUCUUAUAUCUAUUAAUGCAGUCAUUGCUGUGUUACCCCCAGGCCAUAGUGCCUAAUCCAGAGGAGAUGGAUUGAAUGGUACUGUGGCUCAGGCUUGCCAGACUUAUUUAGGUUCUGGUUGAGAGCACAAUGCUGUGUGGGCGAAUCUAUUCUGUCCUGGGUAGGGCACAGCAUAAACAUUGCCCAGAGAACACAGGGAGUCAUGCAGGCACUCAAAUGGACAAGAGCAAAACUAUAAGGAUGGCUGCUUUUAAUUUCCUUUCUGCUGCCUUUCUGUAGUACUCGUUCACGGGGGCUUCAGAGUGAGCCAGAGAGGAAGCAGAGAACAUUAUGUGCUGGUGUUUAAGAAGUACCUGUAUUUUCUCUCUCUUUUUUUUUUCUUCUUUUAACGGGUUCAUCAAGUAUUUACUGUUAUCCUUCCUCUUCCUCACACUUACUCAGACUGAAGGAAAUCUGCCAUGAUUAAUCCAGAUGACAGCUGUGGAGCAACAACUCGCUUACGCCGUAACUGUCUUUAAGUAAUCUGUCUUUUCUCCCUGGCACGCGGGUGCUCUAACUCCUGACCCUGCGUGCAAACACAAUACCACCACUUCCUCUGCCCUUUUGCCUUCCCACCAUCAUCCCCCCGGCUUUCACAACCAAAUAAGGAAGAUUGAGCCAGUGAGAGCCAGCAAGUCGGUCAGCCAGCCCACUGAAGAGGCCAUUAGGGAGCUAGCAAGCCAGUGAAGAUGUUGGUAGAAAACCACCUCUGGCAUCACUCAUCACUCCAAGCCUCUUCAGAUUUUUAUGCAUUUUCUUUGCAACACUGAGAUGUGCAUGCUUGCUUAAAGGUGGACAUGCAUACAGCGCUAACCUAGAUUAACGCUAUUCACUUGGAGGACACGGAAUACAAUAACAUGCACUGAAUGUAGUUUGGACACACAAUUUUAGAAGCACUCUGAAAUGCGCUCUGAAAUAAAUCACUCUGCACAGAUACAGAAGAAUAUGUAUGGAACAACUUCUCAAAAGGAUGACAUAAAGAGGUAUUGCAAGAUAAAAAUUAAGAACAGUCACAUCAUAAAAGUUAAACACUACAUAGUUCUUUUAAGGUCACUGUACAAGAAAGACUUGAAUGACUUGUAUAAACUGCAAAGGGACCUUUUGUAGCUUUUCCUUUUGGCACUCUUCUAACAAGUGAUAUCAGAAUAAAGUCAGGCUAAAACCCUCAUCUCUUUAUUUAGAUUUUUAUUUGCUAAAUAAUAUUAAAACAAUGCACCAUUUAUUCACAACUACUGUACUCUGUGUUGGUCUAUAAAAUAAAAUUAAAUAAAAUAGAUAGUAAAGUCGUAAAGUAAUGACGUGACAAAAUGUGAAGAAUAUUUAAGCCCUGUAAUUUCUAUCGCUCCACAAGGAGCAUUUACUCAUGUAGCAAAGUCCACACUGAGCUCUAACAUGCUUAAUGGAUUUCCAUAUGUUAGAAAAAUCCAUUCAUCAUCUAUAAACAGUAGCCCACAGGAUAGACAUGACACAAGCUAAGACAUAUUAUUGCAAAAACACUCACUCUUGUGUACCAGCAUCUUAGUUUGUAUCUUUGUAGCUCCAAAUCCUAUUGGUUUAUUUAACUUUAAUGUUUCCUCCUGCAAAUGUCAGCUGAGUUCAGUGAAGCUGGAGGGAAAAUCACUCCCUGAUACUGAGGGUGAGCAGGUUAAAGACACACACACAUGCACACAUUUAGGCUACAAAAGAAGACAAAAAAUACUUUGGGUUUGCAACAAAAACACUAUUCUGGAUAGUUCUUAAGUAUAUUUCUAUUGAUAAUUGGUCAUCCAGCCCACUGAAGAUGCCAUUAGGGAGCUAGCUGUGAUUUAAAUCUAUAUCGCAUGAAAUGAGGCUUUUGUGUGUCCUUCUACAUUUCUAAAAAAAAAAGAAAAAAAAAGAAAAAGUAGAGCGAGCAGACAGAUUCAUCCCCUAUCAGCAGGUUGUAUUCACCACAUUCCAUACCCAAUCCUCCUCCUGCACCCAACAAGCUCCUAUCUCCAUUCUCAAACUCCUGUCUGUUGUAGUGCUCACUUGUGUAUCAAGGUAAUGAAUUCAUAAUCUCUCCCAGGCUCUUUGUAGAUCUCUAUCGUGGUGCAAGAUAAGGGUAAGCGUCGUUACACUCUAAUAGCCGUCAGUCUUCCUCGCUUCCUGGAUGCUGUGAGUGCAUUUACAAUAUGUGUGUGCUUGGGAAGAAAAAAAAAUGUGCCCGCUGCCACAAACCUCACUGAACUGCUCUUCGUUUUGGCUUCCCAGGACAGACAGAAAAAUAUCCUGGCCUGGACGACUGUCACUUAUCAGUAAACUGUCGAAGCUACAAGGCAGCGGAUGUCUCCUGGAGUGAGGAGCAUUAAACAGCGCCCCACUUCAUCUCUUUCUACCUGUGUCGUACACUCACAACACUUAACAUCUUGUGACUCCAGCUGACAAAUACUCGGUCGUUGGGAAGGUAAAUAUCUGGGAAGCUGUCUCACAGGCACUAAAACUGUGGCACGGGGUGGCUCUUUGGGGGGGAGGGCGGCUGGUUCAUGCACGUGGUUUUAAUUGUGUUUUCAGUGGGGUGAUGAAAUGUCCUCCAUUUGAGCACAAGCUGGCAGUAAGUGGGUUGUCGCCUCCAGGGACAGGGUGAGCAAUGGCCCGCUGCUAUCGUAGGUGAUUGUGCUAAGGCCCCCUAAGGGUGACAGAGAUGAACGAAAGGGAGUCAGGAAGACAAUGCAGACAGAAGCAGCCCUUUUUAUUUUAGUCUCACAUGAUUUCAAAAAUGGAUAUCAGGGGAGGCAAAGUGUAUUUAUAAGCUCUCCAUCCAAGCUUUGUAAUAGGAUACAUUUUAUAUUAAAAGGCAUAGUGAGCUGUAAAUCAAUUUCCAAAUGUUUUAAAAAUACUCUCUCUACUGUAUAAUAAUUUUUUUAAGGAAGUUAUAGUCCACAAACAUAUUUCCACAUUUAUUAGUUUCCUAACAAGCACAGCCACUAGUGUACUUUAUUCCAAUUUGCCAUAAGACACCAAUACACAAAGUGAUAUAUAUAUUUUUGCUAUUAAAAAUAUAAAAAGCUUUUGCACAUUUUUACCCAGCCCCUACAGCUCUGAUACCUCUAAAAACAAUCCAUAUCAGCCAAAUGUCUUAAGAAGUUAGCUACAUGCUAGAGUCUAGCAGCUAGAGUCCAGCAGCUAGACUCUAGCUCAUGCUGAGAUUUGAUGGAAAGAUAGAUGGAAAUAAAAUCAGGGUAAUCCGGGGGGGAAACUGUCAGAAGCAGCAAAAGACUUGAGACUGUGGCAGAAGUUGAACUUACAGCAGGUCCAUAACCCUGAACAUGCAGCCAGAGCUGGUUUAGAUAAAAAAAAAUAAAUAAAAAAUAGCUCAGUCAAAGUUCAGGCCUAAAUCUAAAGAAGAAUGUGUGGCAAAUUUGUAAAAUUGAUGUUCAUAUAUUCUCGCCAUCCAACCUGACAGAUCUUGAGCUAAUUUGCAAAGAUAAAGGUCAACAAUAAUAGUCCAGAUGCACAAAGCAAGCAUACCCAUAUCCUGAAGGAAAUGAACAGAUGUGAUGAGGAUCAUUGUCAUUUCACAACUGAGUAAAAUAAGACAGUUACUUAACAAAUUUCACAAGUUGUUUGCGGGGUCUUCCUUCUCCUUGUGCUGUUACAAUAUCCAGUAACAAGACGCAAACGAUUAAAUGCUCCUCCCAGAGCGCUCAUCACAUCUUCCGCUUGCUGAAUUUACAUGGCAUUUAUGAACGCUCACAAGAAAAACAAAAAGUGGACAAGGAGAGAGCAGGGGAAGGGAGCUCGCCAAUGGAGGAGUCUCAUUAUUCCGUUAUGGAUUGCACAUGUCAGCGAGUAAGUGCUCUUUUUAUCCCUCCAAAGCACCAGCCACAGCCACCGAGCACAUUUCCCUACCCAAGUGAAAUUUAGCAUGUUAAGGCUUGUGCCACCAGGGGAACAGUGGUGAGAGCACUGGGCUGCUUCUAAGAUUUGCUGCCUUGAUUAAAUAAGGGACUGUAAGUGUGAAUAAGAGGCCAAGGGAGGAAUCCAUGCAACAUAAACAUGUGCUUUUUGCACAUGAUUGUCCUGCAACCCCCACCCAACUUUGCCUAAAUACAAGCGCUGAAACACAUUUACACACAAGCAGUUUACAUGGUGUCCUACAUGUCACACUGGAUUUUAAUCAAAGAGCAGAAAGGGGGCAGUGGAGGCUCACUUGUAACUCUAUAAUGGCUCUGCCAAACUCAGCAAGAUGUAUCUUUUUAAAAGGGCUCGUAUCCAUUAAUGCCUGCAGAACUUGAAAAGUUCACACAAAAAAUAUUGCAGUUUUCCCUCGACAGAACAAGUCUUUUAUUUGAUGCACUGUGAUUCAAAAAGUCUAGCACCUUCUACAGAUUGCCUAAUUCCAUCUCAUUUCCUUUGAGGGUCCCUCCAUGCACCUUUCUUAAUGCUUUGAAAAGGUGCUUUGACUCUGGCAGCUGCCAGCAAUUUUCAGUUGAAUGCUUGUAACUAGGCAAAGGGGACAAGUUAUUUUUCCCCUAUGAGGCCACAGAUAAAAAAAAGUGAAAAAGUCGUCACUUUUACAACCUUCUGACCAGGAAUUACUUCUUUUUUUAUCUAAUGUAUGAACUGCAAGUAUGUGACUGCAGGUCAGCUGAUUGAUGUGUCUGGUGGGUAUCUAGCCACCUUAACUUUGUGGACACCAGCUGUCCCCAUUGAAAUUCAGGAGGAGUUGCCCAAUUAUAGAAAUCCACCCCCAACACCUCCAGAGUCAAUGUAACUGGGUGGAGCUACAUUUAAAUCACCAACUACAGCCAACAAUGAAAAAAAAGUUGAACAAGACUAACAAAGAAAAUUUGAUAAAUGGUGCUUUCAAUGUUCAAAUAAAGGAAUACUUUUCUAAUUUUCCUUCAAAGAGUUUCACAGUUAGUUCUACAGUUAUUCUACUUAAAAUAGUUGUGAACUUUUAAUGUGAAAAAAACACAAAUAUUUCAACUCUACAGCCAAUGAGAUAAAUUGAAUGCUAAAUGUCUAAUCUCUUUUUUCGCUGUUCCAGCUUAUAUUUGCAAAAAAUUGCUGCAAAGCAAGUAAACAAAAAAGUGUUCGUUUGAAUACUGAGCUGUACGUUUGAUAUGCUUACUCUUGUCUAAAACUUUUCUAAGGUUAAAAAAAAAAAGUUUUACUAAAUCCUAGCUUAAAUCAAACCUUAAACCUGCACUUGUGCUUCUCCAGCAAUUUGGAGUGGUACAGACAGUGGUAUGGUAUGAUACGUUUUUGGAUCUGUGUUUGAUGAUACCUUCUCUGGUGCUGAAUCAACUGCACAGGAUGCAGGGAUUUCUCAUAUGAUCCCCAAUAGUGUCAAUUGGAAUAUAUUUAAAUAUUCAGUCCUCACAUUAAACAAACAUUAUGUGGAGCAAUUUCUUCAGGGCUCUUUUUUUAGAUCAAAUUAUACCAUGAUCCUGUACAUUAAAGAGUAGUAAAUUCAUUCAUGACUUUCAACAAGAGUCAUGAAUGAAUAUUUCAACAAAAACAAAUAUUGCAUAACUGAUUUUUCUGGAAUUUUAUUGUUUAAACAUGAUGGUGCCUUUUCUGUUCUUAAUUUGUCAUGUAAUCUUGUCAUGGUGUUGUUCAGUGAUGAUUACCGGUAGACCCAAAUGUAGACAAGUUGAAGCCAUAAGUAGAUGGUGGUAAAUAAAAUUUAUUUAAUUAAUUUAAUAAAACAAGAACUUACACAACAUGAACAACCUAAUGAGCAGCAACAAACUGGGACCAGACAAGGGAUAAUAGCAGGAGUAACCAACAAGGAGUGAGUGAAAGAGAGGAGACUGAAUACUGAGAGCGAAUGUUGGAACAAUACACUGGGGCUGAUUGGCUAACAGGUUGCAGGUGUGAGGGAAGAGAGCACGUGGCACACCGAGAAGAGACAGAGAAAGGUUAGGGAGCGUAAACAAAUGUGGGAACUAGAAAAACGAAUUUAACUGUAACAAAAAAUUAUUACAACACAAGGAAUAAAUCAAAAACAUGCAAAACAUGCAUCUAACUAAACUAAGAGUAGAAGAGAGCACGUGACACACUGAGAAGAGACAGAGAAAGGUUAGGGAGCGUAAACAAAUGUGGGAACUAGAAAAACGAAUUUAACUGUAACAAAAAAUUAUUACAACACAAGGAAUAAAUCAAAAACAUGCAAAACAUGCAUCUAACUAAACUAAGAGUAGACCGAACUAAGUAAAACAAAACACGGCUGACUAAAUAAAAAUAUGAAAAACAAAGGCUUGAAGAACUAAUAAACAUCUUCUACAAAACCAGAAAACGCUAAAACAACCCAAGAUCCUGACACAUUCACACACAGCCUGGAGCUAUAAGCUUCGCGCGUCGUGGCAUCGUUUCUGUGUACUUGGUCUUCUGUUCGCACAAUCAGUUAAACUCAGAUUUAUCAAAGAUAAUACAAUAAAAAAAAAAUCAUACACCUAUUUCUAUGCGAAGAUAUUUGUGUUUAUGCGUUCGACUCGAUUAACGUGCUUUUGAACGGACCAAGUGAUCAGAUACAGCCUACGAUCUAGGAAAGGAAAUCAAGAGGCGAAGUUUGUGAGGCGACAUUGAACGCAACACAAGGGUUCUGGGCUUUUUUCUUCUCCCCUUUGACUCAAAGUGGGGGAGAGAGGAGAGAGGGGGUAGUUAACUCCUGUCUCCCCACCCCCAGCUCGUAUGAGGUGGAUUUGGGAAGAAAGGGAAUCCAAACCUGUGUCGCAGAGAUAACGUGAGACUCCAAUAAAAGAGAUCCACAUUUGGAGACCCAUGCGCGGUAGAGUCGCGCACGGAUUAUUAUAGAGGUUUUUUUUAAAAUAUAUAUAUACAUAUAUAUAUUUUAUUUUUCCCUUUACCAGAGGAAGGUUCUGCUUUGGAGUGUCUGAUCUCCGUGAAAGUGAUACAACAAAAAGCGCACGGAGGAUAAUAGCGGAGUAUUUUGAACCUGCGCUCUCCGUUAACAAGUGACUCGUUGACGUUGGAGAGAGUGGAAUAUAGCGUUUUUCUGCAAUCGGGGGAUGCAACGUAACUGUUCUUGUAGGAGGAUUCAGCUGCACAGAAAAUGGAUUUGAAAACGGUCUCCCCUAAACCAGCGAGGGGGUAGAUUAAAAAAAAUACUUUUUCCCCCUCUCACGCUGAGACUGAAGUGCCAAGCAGUUUUGCGUGAAGACCCCGACCAUCCCUGCUCGGUCGGGGCCUCGCCUCCCUGGCCAGGUCAUCGAUUCGUCCCAUCCUGCCCCUCCCAGACCCUCAUCCCUACUGUAGUCGCUGCCAAGAUGGCCACUAGUGGUGCUCCUCGUCUCUCCUUGCCACUGUUGCUUCAUGUGACCACUGUGCUGCUAUCACUGCUGCUCACCUGCUCUCAAGCCUCAACGAAGCCAGAGUUCACUAAAGUUCCUGUUGACCAGAUUGGUGUCUCAGGGGGAGUCGUCUCCUUUGUCUGCCAGGCAACAGGCGACCCAAAGCCAAAAGUUAGUUGGAACAAGAAAGGAAAGAAGGUGAACUCUCAGCGCAUAGAGACCAUUGAGUUUGACGAGGGUGCUGGUGCUGUGCUCAGAAUCCAACCUCUCCGAGCACCACGUGAUGAGAAUAUCUACGAAUGUCUAGCAGAGAACAGCGCAGGCGAGAAUUCCGUCAGUGCCAAGCUCACCAUCAUCAGAGAGGACCUUCUGCCACCAGGCUUCCCGAACAUUGACAUGGGUCCUCAGCUUAAAGUGGUGGAGAGAACUCGAACGGCUACCAUGCUUUGUUCUGCCAGUGGCAAACCUGACCCUGAAAUCACCUGGUACAAAGACUUCUUGCCCAUAGAUCCAAAUACAAGUGAUGGACGGAUCAAGCAACUGCGCUCUGAAAGAUUUGAGGGUACCCCGAUUCGAGGUGCCUUGCAGAUCGAGAACAGUGAGGAGUUGGACCAGGGGAAGUACGAGUGCGUGGCGUCUAACGAGGAAGGCGUACGCUACUCGUCCCCCGCUAAUCUUUAUGUGCGAGAGCUUCGAGAAGUCCGGCGGGUACCUCCUCGCUUCUCCAUUCUUCCAGAAAGUAAAGAAAUAAUGCCAGGUGGCAGUGUGAACAUAACUUGUGUGGCAGUGGGGUCGCCCAUGCCUUAUGUCAAGUGGAUGCUGAACGCUGAGGACUUGACGCCAGACGACGAGAUGCCAGUUGGCAGAAAUGUUCUUGAACUGAGCAGUGUCCGUGAGUCAGCCAACUAUACCUGCGUGGCCAUGAGCAGCCUUGGCAUCAUUGAAGCUGUUGCACAGAUCACCGUAAAAUCUCUCCCCAAGCCUCCAGGUACCCCUAUGGUUACCGAAACCACAGCCACUAGUGUGACCAUUACGUGGGACUCAGGAAACCCAGAUCCAGUGACAUACUACAUCAUACAGUAUAGAGCCAGGUCCCCAGACAGCAAGUUUGAAACAGUGGAUAGCAUCACCACUACACGUUACAGCAUUGGUGGCCUCUACCCAAACACAGAGUAUGAAAUACGUGUCUCAGCGGUGAACUCAAUUGGACAAGGUCCACCCAGUGAACCAGUUGAAACUCGGACUGGGGAGCAAGCUCCUGCCAGUCCACCAAGAAACAUUAAGGCCCAAAUUCUUCCUCAAAAUACCAUGAUGGUGCAGUGGGAGGAACCCGAGGAGCCUAAUGGGCAGAUCAAGGGAUACCGGGUUUUCUACACUAUGGACGAUUCGCAGCCCAUGAGCCUCUGGCAGAUCCAUAAUGUCCAGGAGAGUCUCAUCACCACCAUUCAGAGCCUAGUUCCUCAAGAAACAUACACAAUCAAAGUCCUUGCAUUCACAUCUGUUGGUGAUGGACCUUUUUCAGCCCCAAUUCAGGUCAAAGUAUUACAGGGAGUUCCAGGUCAACCAUCCAAAUUCCAAAUUGGUGCUGUGUCAGACACCAGCAUUGAGCUCACCUGGGAACCUGCAUAUGAGAAAGAAGGAAUUAUAAAUUAUGAACUUCGCUAUAAGGAAGGCGAUUCAGACACCCAGAUGACGAAAACAUUUGGACCCACAAAAUCAUAUGUUGUGGAAAGUCUCCGUCCCAAUACAAAGUACCGCUUCUCCCUGGCAGCCAUCUCUAACAAAGGCAUUGGGGCAUUCACAAAUGAAAUUUCUGAGAGGACCUUGCAAGCCAAACCCUCAGCUCCCCCUCAAGAAAUUAAGUGCAGCACUACCAGCUCCACUAGCCUUUUGGUAAGUUGGCGCCCCCCACCUCUGAAGAGUCAGAAUGGUGAUCUGACGGGGUAUAGGGUGCGCUACCAAGUGGUGGGCCCUUCAGAAGGGGCCAACGACGAUGCAGACCCCAUGGAGGAGCUCCCAGUGCCUCCAACUGAAGAGCGAGUGUUGCUGCAGAGACUGGAGAAAUGGACCCAGUACCGAAUCACAGUGUCCGCCUCAACUGAGAUUGGGUCUGGCCCUGAGAGUGAGCCUCUAAUCUGUCGGACAGAUGAAGAUGUUCCUGGCGCUGCACCAAGGAGGGUUGAGGUGGAGGUUCUCAACUCCACAGCUCUAAAAGUGAUGUGGCGUUCUGUGACACCUGGAAAGCAAAAUGGUCAAAUUCGUGGCUACCAAGUUCACUAUGUACGUGUUGAAAAUGGCGAGUCACGGGGCCUGCCCCUCAUCAAGGAUGUCAUGCUUGCUGAUGCCCAGUGGGAAACGGACGAUACGGCUGAAUAUGAAAUGGUCAUCGGAGGACUCAAGCCAGACACCACUUACUCCGUCACGGUAGCAGCAUACACCACCAAGGGGGAUGGAGCACGGAGUAAACCCAAAGUGGUGGUGACUAAAGGGGCAGUGCCUGGUCCGCCGUAUCUGUCAGUAGCUCAAGAUUCAAAGACUUCAGCUGUUGUUCACUGGGAUCCUCCAGACCUGAUAAAUGGAAUGGACCUGCAGGGAUACCGCCUUCAGUUUGGCCGGAAAGACGUCUCCCCUCUGGCCACACUGGAGUUUGCUCCCCAUGAACGGCAGUAUUUUGUGGGCAACAUUCACCGGGGUGCCACUUAUCUCUUUAAGAUCUCCGCCAAAAGCAGAGGGGGCUUUGGGGAAGAGGCUGUGGCAGAACUCGCUGUUCCUGAGAAUACCCCUGGGGGAUACCCUCAAAUUAACGAGGGCUCAAUGGUAACAUGCUGCUCAGUGCAGCUGUCCUGGUCUCCACCAGUGCUGGCAGAGAGGAAUGGGGUCAUCACAGAGUACACUCUGGCUUAUAAAGAAGCCGGAACAAGAGAAGCGCCACAAGAACUCCGUUUACCUCCCCACCAGUCUAGCUUUGAGCUCAACAGCCUCAAACCGAACUCCGCAUAUGAUGUGAAAAUACGUGCCCACACCAGUAUAGGUCCAGGGCCCUACAGCCCGCCCAUCCAGUAUCGGACCAUGGCCAUUGAUACCACAGAUGUCCCAAAGAAUUUUACUGUUAAGUGGGCCACCAAGACAACAAUAGUCCUUGGGUGGAAGUUUUCAGAUAGAGGAUUACCAUACAAAUGCAUGAUUGAGUAUAACGGGCAAAAGAUGGACGUGGAUGCUAGGAAGUUGAAGGCAUACAUCACUGGGCUCAGACACAGCGUUACCUAUAAAUUUGGGGUGAAAUGCCAAGAAGGCCUUGAGGGUGAACCCAGGCAUCGUGUGACAGCCAGUACGGCACCCUUCAUUCUGAUCAAGAAACCCAAACUGGAUAUCUACGCUGAGGCUGAGAACAAGCUCACUAUGUCUUUUCCAUCAUUCAACAGUGGAGAUGUCAAGAACUUCUAUGUGGUUGUGGUGCCUCUUAAAAGAACAUCAGGAACAGUUAAAAACUUGAAGAAUCCUGAUGAGAUGGACAUAGAAGAGCUGCUGAGGGAUGUGAUCCCAAAGCGACGUUCGCGGCGUCAGUUGGCUCAACUGGACCAGCGGAGUGCCUACAUCACAGCCUGCUUCAAGAAGCUGCCCUCCACCUUCACAGUGGGAUAUGACCACCCCCUGAGCAGCUGCGAGAAUAAGCCCCUCGAACCUGGUCAGGAAUAUGCCUUCUUCCUGCUGGCUGAACUCAACUCCACUGUGGGGAAAAUGUUUGCAACCAGCCCGUUUACUGACACAGUGAUGACUCCAGAGUUGGUGGUGGAUCCUUUGCCAGUAGAGACUGGUGAUGGACUCAUCUGGGUGGUCGGCCCCGUCUUGGCUGUGGUCUUCAUCAUUGGCAUUGUCAUCUCCAUUCUCCUUUUGAAAAACAAACCAGACAGUCGGAAGAGAAAAGAGUCUGAGCCACGCACAAAAUGUCUGCUUAACAAUGCAGAUAUUACACCCCACCAUCCUACAGACCCUGUGGAAAUGAGACGCAUCAACUUCCAAACUCCAGAUUCUGGUCUAAGCAGUCCUCAGAGUGAAGCAGAUUUUGACUAUGAAAGUAUGAUGAAUCAUCCUCCGAUCCCUAUCUCGGAGCUGGCUGAGCACACCGAACUUCUCAAAGCUAAUGACAACCUCAAACUCUCCCAGGAAUACGAGUCUAUUGAUCCAGGGCAGCAGUUCACCUGGGAGCACUCCAACCUGGAGGUGAACAAGCCUAAAAAUCGUUACGCCAACGUCAUCGCCUACGACCACUCCCGAGUCAUCUUGGCUCCCAUCGAAGGCAUAACGGGUAGCGAUUACAUUAAUGCCAACUACAUUGACGGCUACAGGAAGCAGAAUGCUUACAUUGCCACCCAGGGUCCGUUACCUGAAACAUUCGGGGACUUCUGGAGGAUGGUGUGGGAACAGAGAACAGCAACUGUUGUGAUGAUGACCCGGCUGGAAGAGAAGUCACGGAUUAAGUGUGACCAGUACUGGCCAAGUCGUGGCACGGAAACCUAUGGCAUGACCCAAGUAACCCUGUUGGAUACAAUAGAGCUGGCUACUUUCUGUGUCCGCACGUUCUCCCUCCACAAGAAUGGCUCGAGUGAGAAACGGGAGGUUCGUCAGUUCCAGUUUACAGCGUGGCCUGACCACGGCGUACCGGAGUACCCAACCCCCUUCCUAGCCUUCCUCCGUAGGGUGAAGACGUGCAAUCCACCUGAUGCUGGACCCAUCAUUGCUCACUGCAGUGCCGGCGUCGGCAGGACGGGCUGCUUUAUAGUAAUCGACGCAAUGCUCGAGCGUAUCAAGCAUGAGAAGACGGUCGACAUCUAUGGUCAUGUGACGCUGAUGCGCUCACAGCGCAACUACAUGGUGCAGACAGAGGACCAGUACAGCUUCAUCCACGACGCGCUACUGGAGGCGGUGGCCUGCGGAAACACAGAGGUGGCUGCUCGCAGCCUGUACUCCUACAUCCAGAAGCUGGCCCAGGUGGAAAGCGGCGAGCACGUCACCGGCAUGGAGCUGGAAUUCAAGCGUUUGGCCAACUCCAAGGCCCAUACAUCACGCUUCAUCAGUGCCAACCUUCCCUGCAACAAAUUCAAGAACCGGCUGGUCAACAUCAUGCCCUAUGAGACCACCCGCGUCUGUCUGCAGCCAAUCAGAGGCCUGGAAGGGUCUGACUAUAUCAAUGCUAGCUUCAUUGAUGGAUACAGGCAACAGAGGGCAUACAUUGCCACGCAGGGCCCUCUAGCAGAGACUACAGAAGACUUCUGGAGAAUGCUCUGGGAGAACAACUCCACUAUAGUAGUCAUGUUGACCAAACUUAGAGAGAUGGGGCGGGAAAAGUGUCACCAAUACUGGCCAGCAGAGCGCUCUGCCAGGUAUCAGUAUUUCGUGGUAGAUCCCAUGGCGGAGUACAACAUGCCUCAAUACAUCCUUCGGGAGUUCAAGGUCACAGAUGCCAGGGAUGGCCAGUCCAGGACAGUAAGGCAGUUCCAGUUCACUGAUUGGCCAGAACAAGGUGUACCCAAAUCGGGAGAGGGAUUCAUCGAUUUUAUUGGCCAGGUUCAUAAAACCAAGGAGCAGUUUGGACAAGAUGGGCCCAUCUCUGUACAUUGCAGUGCUGGAGUGGGAAGAACUGGAGUCUUCAUAACCCUCAGCAUCGUCCUGGAGAGAAUGCGUUACGAGGGCGUGGUAGAUAUCUUCCAAACAGUGAAGAUGCUUCGGACGCAGAGGCCAGCUAUGGUCCAGACUGAGGACGAGUACCAAUUUUGCUAUCACGCAGCUCUGGAGUACUUAGGAAGCUUUGAUCACUAUGCAACGUAAAAAGCCAUCUCCUCCCCUCAGAAUCCUGUUGCCCCUUUCUCUCCCAACUCAACGGUUUCCUGAGCCAUAGAAACGUUUCAAAUUUGAAAUGGCGGCGGUUGAUCAUUUUACCACUGCUCGUUCAGAAACACCAAACAGGAUCCUGUAAAUUUUUAGAAAAUAACACCCGAUACUACCAGAAAAAGAGAAAUUCCAAUUCAGACUCAAGGCAGAGAGGAAAAUUGCCCAUGAUUUAAACUGAAGACAAUUCUCAGCAACACCAACCAGAGGCUGUGGCUCAAGCUGUGGGAUGAGUAUCAAUCAAAGUGUCGAACUGCUUACCUUACCUCAAGUGUUUCAGUGGAGGAAGUUGUAAACAUUCGUGGACAUUUCUCUUCUAAAAAAUAUCUUUAUGAUACAGCGGCAACAAACAACCGCAAUCGAAGGAAAAAUGGAGCGAAAAUCAGAGAGAAGCAGGUGGAUGUAGCCAAGACUGGGACACAUGCCUGUUCUGGAUGUAAAAAAAAGGGUUUAAGUGUUUCUAUUGACUGCUUUUGAGUUUUAUUCUGAGAAAUGGCCAAACUGCGGCCACUCCUUGGUUUUCCCAAACUUUGGUCAUUUGGGCAUCAACUGAAACGGAACAACAAAACCGGCCAUUAAAAGGAAACCUUGAGUUUCUACACAAUUCUACAUACAAUUACAUUAUGAAUAGUUGUGCAGAAAACAUCCUCUACAAUUUAAGAAAAUGUCACCAAACUGCCUGUAAGCACAAAGAGCUUUAAGAAAGCACACUCCCAGUGGUUGUCAAAAAGAAAGCAGCAGCACAUAUCGUAAAUUUGUUCCAUUUUAUUAAUGUGGAAAGCCUGCUUCCUAAGCCAGGUGACCCUAGUAGAGUUAAAAUUUCAACAGGAUAUUUCCAGUAAAAACUUCCUCCAGAAAAAAUGGCAAAGAUUAAGGGAAAACCAUGUCAGUCGUAAGAAUUUUUGGCUUUUCAUCUUAUGUGGAUGAUGCAAACAGUAACUUUGUCCCAUGUUUUUUAACAAUCUCGUCUCUCUCUUGAACCAUGGCGCCAAGGGGCUGAUGCAGAAAACAUCCAACCUCAGUCCAGUGAGGAGAAAAGGCUUUGGAACAACCAAACAAAGAAACGCUGCCAAAUUUGGGCCUUUCUUUGUGUACAGUGACCAACAGUCAUCAUCAUUGUUUGGAACUUUUUCGUCUUUUGAGGACAAAAUCUAUUUUUCUUUUCUCUCUUUAAGUUCUCUCUUCUGUUAAAAACCAAACAUGCUGCUUAUCUUGUGUAUGCUGAGCGUGUGACUCUUUGGAUAAAGAGAAAACUGAUGAACAAAAAAAAAUGCCAGCUCUGCCAACUCCUUGCGCCCUGGUGGGCAUGACAGAAACGCAUCCACACAACGUCAUUGUCCACUGCUGCUUUUUUAUCCAGUUUUCAUUUUUCCCCAUCCUCCUCUAUAUUCACCUCUAUCAUUGUACAAGAAACUCAAUAGCGGCAAAGACCGCUUGGAAUUGCAAAGUUGUACAUUAAUGUUGUUGACGAAUUGGCCCUCAAGUUUCACUGUAUGUGUGGUUGGUAACUGGUCGACAAACAAAACAAGACGCUUUGGUGUUUUCCCCCUCUAUUUUAUAGACGAUGACCCAGUGGGUGACACAGCCAGAGCAAGUAGCUACGUCGGAUCCCGAUGCAAAAUUUCUCUUGUUACUUGCACAUCCCCAGGGCAAAACGGAGAAAAAGCUUGAAACAAACACCCCAAUUCAACUGCAAAAAAAAAAAGAGAAAAUAAAAGGUAAAAUUACAAAGUUUUUAUGUCAAAGACGGCGCUUUGGUACACUUGAGCAAAUGGAUUCUGUGAGGGCUUUCUGGCAGAUGUGCACAAAAAAACCACGAAGCUAUGGACAGAACUGUGUGUGAUAUUUUCUGAUUUCCAAAAAAGCCUUAUUGUUAUUGUAACACUAUGAAAACAUUAAUGUUGUAUUAUGACUUAUUUUACAUGACAUAGUUAGCUUUUAUUUUCUGUUUCAGGUUUAGUUUUUUUUCUAACAGAGAUGUGUUUGUCACAUUUUUUUUUAAUUAGCAGUAAAAAAAGAGAAAUGCUUAUAUGUUCAUAUUAUGUUAAAAGACAUUCUAUUUUUUCACCGUAGAAAUCCUAAGUAUAACAUGACAGUGUAGGGGUACAUGUAUUUCUAUAUAUAGAUAUAAGGUAAUAUCUAUAUAGAGAGAUUAAUAAAUUCCUGCUUACGCAUGCAUAUAUAUUUAAAUGCAGAAUCAGAAGAUAUAUCCAAACAAUUAGUGUGAAAUAACAUUUUCUUUUCAUUCAAUUUGUUUUAUACCUGUUAUCUUUAGUCUUUGAAAAUAUGUUUGUUUGUUUUUUAUUAUCAUUGUUAUUAUUAUUAUUGUGUAAUUCUGGAGACCCUGAAUGUCUCUUCAAGAAACCUGAGGGGAUGCCAUCUUUGUGUCUGAUCUUGUUUUUUUGCUUGUGUCCAUUGGAAUUAACUUGUACCCAUAGGGACUCUAUUUUGAAACAUUGUCUUUCAUCAUCAGUAAGCUGUUAUGUUUGGUUGAUUUUUGUAAUCUGCUCUACAACUGUCGAGGUUUCAUCGCUCAGCAUUUUUAAUGUCUAUAUCAGGCCAAUGAUGUACUGUACCUUGUAUGAUUCUGUACAGACCGUAACCCUCACAAUCUGAAGAAAAAUCCUCUUAAAGUUCUCUUUUUUUACUUAUAUUUUCAGACAUAAUGUUACCAUUGAUUUUAUUAGACAUCCACUAUGAUCUAGAGUAUAUGUGUAAAUAAACAAAUAUAUAUAGAAUAUAUGUAUCAUUUGACCCUAAAGAUCUCAUACUUUUAGUGGGGAACACUAAUGCACAGAUCAAACGUUCUGCUGAUUUCCAGCUUCUUGGUGUUUGUGAAACCUGUUUUCUCAAACCUUCUUUCUCCAGCUCUGCUCCCUGGUCUUUAAUUACCUCUCUUUUUUCUGCCUUUAAUUUCCCCUGCUAGCAGUCAAACUGGGAAACGUGCCAGCCUAUGUUCCCACACCCGUUACCUGAAUGAGGGGAACACAAAUCCAGAUCGGUGAUCCACAAGUUGGAUUAAACCAAUAUGUUGGUUCACUGUCUACCAACUAACCACAAGAAUCAUUAUUUUAUUUUACAUCAUUUUAGCAUAGAUAAAAUUUACUAAAGGAGCCUCAUACGAAUAAAUUACAAGGGCAUAGAUUCCUGGAAGUACUACUUUUCUCAGAGGUAUUUCACAGAUCUCUGCAGGAAUGCCAAAUGUCUAACUACCUGCAAUCACAAGGUGUUAAUCCAUUACGUAUGAUUAGCGAGAAAGAAAAAAAAAGGUCAUACAUGCUUCAGUUGCAACAUUUAAAAUUACUUUUCUCCCUGUUGCCUUGUAUAAAAUCAUGUUUUUUGUUUAACCAUGUUUCAUGACGGGAUGCAGAAAGAAAUCAGGACUCGGAUGAAACACAGUAGUGGGAUGCAACCAAGAACGGACUGAAACUACCAAAAACAGGCUGCAAAUUCACGUCGUAAGGUUUCAUGAUGAACUCUAAUCUGUUGGAAUUCACUGGUUAAAGGGCCAAAGCCAAAAUUCGAAGCCGUGAAAGCGUCUUAAAGCUUGUGCAAUGUGUUAUUAUUUUGGUUUCAAGUAAAGAUGCUAAUUCCUGAAAACAACCACAAAAUUAUCUGGAAAAUGUUGCUAAAUAUUGUGGAAAGGUUAGGGAGUAACAGUGACCAUGAAAAACUCAUUAAAAAGAACUAAGCUUAUAUAGUACAUAUCGACAAAAAGAACCGAAACUCAGCAAACCAUUUUUCCUUUAUACGAGGGCCAAGUGCUACCACUUUCAAACUGUUACUUCUAACUGAAACAAUAAUUGGUUAAAAGCCACUGUGUAUGUAGAUAUGUUGACUUUGUAUUAAAGAAAUGUUGUCUGAAAA